GUCAGCAGCCAAGUGUCGUCGCUCAUCAUGGGCGAAAACAUCGAGAUCAUCCGGCGGCCUGGCGUGCAGGGCUUUCGCAACGUGCAGAUCGUGCGCCGGGCCGCGCCCAAGUAUCUCACGUUUGAGGUGUUUAACCCGGAGACGGAUGACCUGGACAGCGAGAGCUCGUGCGCCAGUAGCAGCGCCAGCAGCCCCAGCAGCGCUUGCAGCGUCAUCAGCAUGGCCUCCGACUGGCCCUCGGCGCAAGAGAUCCAGGAGCUGGACCGCGAGAUCGAGCAGCAGCAGCGAGACCGCCUCAGCGAGCGGGAGACAGCGAACGGCGCAGCGCCGGCGGCGGCGGGAGCGCUGGCAGAGUCCGGCCCCGGGCCCGCGUCGGCCUCCCACCUGGCGGCGCCCUCCGAGACGGACGACAGCCUGAGCAGCUCUCCGGAGCCGCCGGCGCGGCUCAGUAGUCCGCGCGGCCGCCGCAAGGUGACGAUGGCGCGGCUGGAUGCGCCGCCGCUCGAGCAGGAAGAGGGACCGGGCAGCCGUCAGGCGUCCUCGGAGGAGUCUCUGCCGUCGGACGUGGGCGGCGCGCUCGGCCACCAUCGCUACUACCACGUGUUCCGCGAAGGCGAACUGGACCGGCUGAUCGAGAAGUACGUGGACAACCUGCAUAUUAUCUCGUCGUACUACGAUCACGCCAACUGGUGCGUGGUGGCGGAGAAGGUGCAGGUGUGGACCAUCUAG